CCAUCGCUAAAUGACGGAUUCGCAUUCCCAGGCAGAAUAAACAAAACAAAGGAAGUGGAAUGGACGAUGUAGAGGAUAUAAGGUUGAACCAGCAGCGGGUGCUGGCUGAGAUCGCCACCCUGCUUCAGACCACCGUGGAACCAAGUGACGCCAACGCAUUGGUGCUGAAUCAGGAGAUGCAGCGACACCUCCUGCAAGUCCGUGCUAAAAUCCUGACUAUUCUCCAAAUAGUGCGGGCCCGUUUCGCCCGGAACGAGGAGAUCCUGGUGCGCCGUCUGAGACCACGCUCUCAAUCCCAAUUCGGACUGGAUUCCAUCAAUCUGAGUGGGGCAAUCCUGCGGAAGGGUACGUUCCGCUUUAAAGGAAAUCUAUUCUUUCGGGACAUCGAUGGCAGGAGCUGUCCAAACAACGAAGAUUACGAGAAGCGCUGCCACACGGAAAUGUUUCCCACCGACUUCGACAUGCACUCUCGCCACGUAUGGACAUUGCUAGACAAGAAAAACGUGAUCAUGGGGAUCAAACAACAGUUAGUUGACCACAGCACCCACAAGAAGAGCACUCUUGCAAGCGGCAGCCGAAAGCGGAAGCCAAUCGAGAGGCACCAAAACACUCUGGUUAGUCUGCUGGCGGCGGCCGACAGCAGUUUUAGGAUCGAUUGGAACCAGAUAAGCAACCUGGACGUUGAGUAUCGACACUCUUCGUAUGCCUGCGAGGCCAUGUGGAGGGUAUACCUGCACCCUGAUCUGAAGCGCGACGAUUGGUCGGCGGAGGAAGACGAGACCCUGCUAACGGCGGCCUCUGCGAACCGUAUGCAAAACUGGGAGCUGAUAGCAGCGUCGCUGGACCGGCGAUCCGACUACCAGUGCUUCACUCGGUUCCACACGGCCCUACGUCAUCUGCGGGAGCCAAAGUACAGCUCCCGCUGGAGUGAAGAGGACAACAAAAGACUCCUGGAGCUGGCUGAGAGAAAUACGGCAAACGGCGUAAUUAAUUGGAAGAAAGUAGUGGAAUACUUUCCGGGCAGGUGCAAGUCGACGUUGAUUGGUCGUUACUACUACGUCCUCCAUCCUAGCAUCAGUCACGAAGCCUUCAGUACCAAAGAGGAUAUGAUGCUCUUCGCCGCCGUAGAGGAGUACAAUGGUAAGUUCCACUGCUUUCCGCGUACCCUCUUCCCAAAUCGAUCUCUGACGCAGUUGCGUACGCGCUACCACAAUGUCUUGGCGCAGCGCAACAAGACAGACUCCUGGUCGGUUCAGGACGACACCCAGUUGAUGAGCUUUGUCACCGAGCAUGGGGCCUCGCAGUGGUUAAACUGCGCAACGUUUUUGGGCAAUCAUUCGCGGACCAGCUGUCGAACCCGCUUUCUAGUCAUAAAAAAAUUCCUAGAAAAAAAUCCAAACGCAAAAGUAGAAGAUUUGCCUCGCCGACGAUCGAAGAAGAUGUCCGUAAUUACUUCCGAAAACUGGGCGCAGCGUUUGCAAGAAUGGCAAGAGGACCCGGAAUCAUUAGUUAUAGCUGAACAGAUUAAAGGCUCUUGGAAGAGAAGACUCACUUCUAAAAAGACUAAACUCGAUCUUCAGGCAGAGAACUCAUCCAAGCUGUCAAAAGUCGAUAUAGAGUUCUGCAAGUUCUUCAUGUAUGGUUACAAUCUGCCGCUGACACUACCGACAAUCUUCCCACUUCCGAAAGAUGCUUACAAUCUCGCCUUCGCGGUCAGGGCCCUUGCAUAUAAGCCACCGAUCCGUUCCUCGGCCUUACAGAACAUCUCAAUGCCAAACGAUCUGCUCAAAUUUUACAAUAUUAUGAUAAGGAAACUACCCGAUGAGAAGUGUGAUUCAAAGAGUCCACUUCUGUCUCCUAACUGGUCGACGAUGAUAGGUUUUCGGGCUAUGUGCAUUCUCUCGGGAGAUUGCCGCAAGCACGGUCCGGAAGCUCAACCUUUCGAGUAUAAUAAAUCUGCACCCCCCAUUCAGCUUUUCCGUCAGCGGCUGCGAGCUCUCUUUUACCGCACCACUCUUCUCAGUCGCUUGGAGUCGCACCUCUUUUCGGAUCUGCCUGCAGCCUUAGUGGCCCUGCCACGACCGACUCCAGAUUUUGUAAAAAUGGGUACUAAUAUUACCUUGACCAAUCCCGAGCCGGAACUGAAGAAGAGUCUCAAAUCGGAGCCGCUCAGUGACGACGAGUUUAUAGGUACCGUAAAGCAGGAGGUUGAGUUGGAGUACAUAGUUCCAUAAGAAUAAUUAAAUAGUUUUAUAGAUAAGCUUUAUAUGUUUUUAUUAUUAAGUUAUCGCGUUUUACAAUAAUUAACAAAUAAUUUAUAAA